AUGGAAUUGCCGCAAAGCACUGCUAUAUUCAGAAACCUUAAGCAACUGAACCUUUCCAUGCCAUAUUCUCCAAAACUUUUGAACUUUUGGGCUUUGGCUCUUGUGAAGGCUUCUCCACUUCUGCAAACAAACACGAUGCAAGAAAUCAUGGAUGAGUCCGCCGACAUUGAGAUCCGACCCGAAUCCCAGCACAACCCUGGUCACCAACCUGACUUCGCCGAGAAGAAGAAUGAGGCUAAGGUUCAGAAGAAUAACGUCAAGAAGAAAGUGAAGUCUUCUUCAGAAGAAGACUCUUCCUCUGAAGAAGAGCUCAAGGUUAAGGUACCAGCUAAGAAGGGAGGAGCAGUAGUCAAGCCGCCAGUGAAAGAAUCUAGUAGUUCUGAAGAAGAAUCAUCUUCUGAUGAUUUGAGUGAGCCCGCUAAAGGAAAAGUUGCUGCUAGAAAUGGUGUGGCCAAAAAUAGCAAACAAUCUAGCAGUUCAGAUGAGAAUGAAGUUCCUAAAACAAAGCGACCAGCUGCUAAGAAUGGAACUGUAGAGUCUGACUCAGAUGAUGAAAGUAGUGAUUCAGAAGAGGACGCUGAAGCACUUACGAAACGUCCUGCUGCAUCUAAGAGCAGCAUUGUUGUUGUUACCAAGAAGAAAGAAGAGUCUGAUUCUGAUGAGUCAAGUGAGGAUUCUGAUCCUGAAGAUGAGUCUAACUCGGAUGAGGAUGUUGCAGCAACCAAGAAAGUUCCUGCUACUAUCUUGGCAACUUCAAAUGCUGUUAAACCUAGCAUGAAAGCUACAAAAGAGGAGGAUAGUAGUAGUGAAGAGGAAAGCUCUGGUGAUGACGAGCCAUCAAAAAUUCAAGGGUUGAAGAAGGUGGCUCUUGCUCCGAUCAUACCUCUCCUGGAAAAGUGA